AUGGGAAAUGAAAUUCAAAAACCAAGUGGAAAUGUUAGGCAGAGUGUUCUUUUAAGUGAUGCUCUUCAUGUAAAUAAAGACACCCUAUUAUUUGGAGAUGUUGUACUGGAAGUAAAUAAGAAAUAUAAAGAUGAAAUUAUUAUUACUAAUUUACAAAAUUUUAAAAUAAAUUUCAAGUUAGAACAAAUAUUUGAGAAAGAUUUCCAGUUAAAAUUUACUCCAGAAAAAGGAAGUUUAGCUUCAAAAAGUAAAAAGAAAAUUAAAGCAAGUUUAAUUCUUAGACAAAAAAUUAAUAAAAAUUUUAGAGUUAAUUUAUCUGCUGAAACUCAAGGACAAAUUUUCCUUAACGUAAGAUUAAGAUCUGAGUCUGGUGUCUUUGGUGUUGAUCCUGAGUCAUUAGAAUGGUUUAAACAUCCAACUAGAGAUUUAAUUCUUCCACAAAUUAUUAUUACUUUAGAUAUUGCAUUUAGAGAAAAAGGAGGUUUUACUUCAGAAGGUGUUUUUAGACUUGCUGGAGAACAAGGAAUGGUAAAAAGUUUAAAAGAACGUUUAAACAAAUCAAAUGGUAUUAUUACUGAAGAUAUGAUGGAUGCAACUGUUGAUGAUAUAUCUAAUUUAAUUAAAUUAUGGUUCCGUGAAUUACCAAGACCUAUUUUAAAUGUACUUUCAUGUGACCAAAUCUUCUAUUCUACUGAACCAGCUGAGAGUUAUAAAGCCUUUGAAUCAUUAAAUGAAAAGUCACAUGCAUUAUUAACUUGGUUAUUUGAUCUUAUGAUUGAAGUUGCUAAGAACAGAGAAACAAAUAAAAUGACAAUCCAAAAUCUUGCUAUUGUUAUAGCACCUAAUUUAUAUGAGCCAGAAAGUACUGAUCCAAUGGAAGGGUUAGUUAUGUCACAAAAAGCUGUUCAAUUUGUUCAAAAUAUCUUAAAUUAUCUUGAAGCAUUAAAAGAACAAAAUGACUCAACAACACAUUAA